CGUGGUGAAGUGGGAGGUCCGCGGCCUAUCAUUUUUAAUGGAUUUCGGGCAGAUACUUUUCUUUUCGAUGUCUUUUCUGUGGGCAAGAACGUAGGCAAUUAUAUCGAAUUUGGUGCUGAGCAAGUCAUUAUUGUACGUAAUGAUGAUACUAAAAAGAAAGUUAAGGAACAAAUUAAAGGUGGUGGAUUAGUAAUGACAGUAUUUGAAGCUAAGGGCAUGGAAUUUAGUGAUGUACUAUUGGCGCGGCAGCAUAUAUGGAUAUUUGAUGAAAAUGAUUGUCCAAUCCGAACGUACUGGGAACGUCAAGGAUUGGUGAAAGUAGUAGGGAGUAAAGAAGAAAUCAGUACUCUUCCAACCUUAGCCAAAAAGAGUAGUUCACAUGAGUGGAAUAAACGAGGCAAAGAAUUUUUUGAACAGAAACAGUUUGACCAGGCUAUUUUAUGCUUUGAAAAAAGCGGAAACGAACCACAUCGCAAACUCGCAAACGCAUGGCUUCUUAAGCAAGAAGCUGAGGAUUCAAUAAAUAGUUCUGAUAGGGUCACCGUAAAAUCCCUUUUUAUUCGCGCCGCUCUUGCCUUCAAAGAUUGUUCUAAACCAGUUCAGGCUGCUACAUGUUAUCGAAAUGCCGAAAAAUAUAAAGAGGCUGGCGAUAUAUAUUGUGAAUGGAAUAUGUACACUGAAGCCGUUAUUGCAUACAAAGACGAUGAGAAAAUAUUCUACCGCAUUACCCGUCUUGUCAAUAUUCAUUACCGCCGAGAGAAUAAUAGGGUGAUGAGCAAGAAGGCUCUUGAUAUUCUUCCAAAACAAGAGCAAAUUGAACUCUUGCGGGACCAUGCGCCGGAAGAACUUUUAGAGGUUUGUGAAAAAAGCGGCGAGUUUCGUGUUGCUGCUAAAGAUCUACGCUUGCGUGGCAAGUUCAAAGAAGCUGCCGAUCUAUUCAUCACUUCAGGCAGUGAUAAAGAUGAUCGCCCACAAAAACGGAAAAUUUCUCCUGACAGUCCACUUAUUCACUUCAUGAAUGGAAUGAAUGGCGACAAUGAUGCAGAGGGAACUUUGGAAGUCACGGAUGAUCGACAUGUCUAUGAUGUUGAAUUUGUGCGCCUGAAAAUUUCAAAAUUCCUUGCUUCAUAUAUUUUUAAACUUAUUUGGAAUAUUUACAAGGAUGGUAAAAAUAUUCUAGAAAUAGGUUCGCGAAUCUGCCCCAAGUUUGCAUCGUGUCAAAAUACAGCUUAUGUUUUAUACUCUCGUCGUCUGCUUAAAGAAGAGCAAAGCAAGGAAAUUCGUGGCCCACAAAGACGAUGGACAGAAAAUCUUGUUAAAUUACAUAUUCGAUAUCAAUCACCACAAACUAGCUGCCCAGAAAUCACUUAUAUGGUGCUUAACAAACUACCUAGAUAUACUCGUUAUGGAUUUAGCAAUCUUGCCAAGAUAUGGUUAGAAAAUUGUGUCAGCAAUUUUAAGACCAUGCUAAAAUGCAUGUUCGUUUUUCAGCAGCAGCGGGACUAUUUUGGCAUUCAAGAUUUCUAUCAGAAAAUGACAACAAUCGAACAGCUUUCACAUCCUGAAAAUUUGCCCCAUGGGUUUGAAUACUAUCAUGGAUAUUACCAAGCAAUCCCUGUUGGAAAGAGACUUUCAUCAUUCUUUUAUUAUCUACGACGCAAUCGUGUAAUUGAUGCGAUAUUUGAAGUAAAGGCGUUUAUACGAUACACUAUAAACAAAGCUGAAUAUGUAAAUAUGAAGACGCAUGAGGCUUUUGCAGACCUUGUAACUCUUGUAGAAUCAAUGGUUUUGGAGCUUUUUAAACGUCUGAAUAACCAAUCUCAAGCACAAAUUAUGGACUUUCAGAAAUAUCUAAUGGAGAGAGAAAUAAGUCGCCUUGUUGGCAUUAUGAAAAAUGAUCUAAUAGAGACAGAGUUUUCAACAAAGGAAUUGUUACCGUUGCAAUUUAAUACGAAAUCCACCACCUCCGUUGAUGACGAUGACAAUGAUGACACCUCUGUUGAAAGUGAGGAUAACGAAGAAAAAGAACAAUUAAUUUCAACCCGAUUUUACCAGAUUCUUGGUUCACCAAGGGCCCAAAAGGCAAUCAAAACAAUUAAAGACUGGCUUUUCCGAGUUCUCGAUCGACAGAAGUCCCGUCAUCGUUGUGAUCAUAUUCUUGAUAAAGUUUAUAGCGAUAUGCAGACGUUUUGCCAAGAUUUAUCACAUUGGGAGGCCAUCUUGAAAGAAAAGGAAAAACAAAAAGUAUUGCGCAUUUAUAAGAUUCUCUUGAGAGGUCAAACAGUAGAUAUUAUUGUGAACUUGAUUAAGUUGCAGGGAAAAAUGGAUUCGAUUAAAGAUAAGCUACACAAAUCAGUCAAUAACUUUUCAGAAGAUGACAAGAUCGAAAAUUGUUUGGAACUACUAGAUGAGCUUAAGUUUGUUAAUUCUUUUAUAAUGUAUAUACAAUAUCUUUUCUUUUACUAUAUAGCUAAUUGA